AUGUUCCAAACAAAAAAACAAUCAUUAAAUAUUCGUUAUUCUUGGAACAAUAAAUCUUUAAAACUAUUAUUCUUUAUUUACGUAUUAUGGAUUUUUUAUAGCAGUUAUGCUGGAAAUCUGAACUUUUCAUUAUUGUCGUCUUCAUCAUCUCAUCUUCCAACUCCCUCACAAGAAGACAUAUUACCUAAUAAUCAAAAUACAUCAUCUACUUUAACCCAACCACACUCGUCACCUCCUUCAAUUCUCUCACCAGAAGAUAUUUUGAUAAAUUUGAAAUAUUGUGGUGAACCGGAAUGCAAAUUUAUGUUUGUUUAUGCAGUAUUCGGAGAACAAGAAACUAGACUCAGUUUACAUUUCUCAUCGCUUGCAAAAUUAUCAAUGGUCUUAAAUAGAACAUUGGUAUUGACAAAUGUUGGACAUUCUGAAAUGAAUGCGUGUUCUGAUUUUCCGUUCGAGUUUUAUUAUGAUAUCGAACAACUAAAAAACAAUAUGCCAGGUUUACAAGUUAUUACACAAAAAGAUUUUUAUAAUUGGAUUGGAGAACGUAAUUUUAAACCUAAUGUAACUCUUAGUUACAUGUCACGUAAAGAACCUAGAUUCACAGCAUCAAAACCUUCAACCCAAUUUUUUAAAAAUCCUGAAGAUGAACAAUGUUAUAAUUCAUUAAAUCUCAAACCAAUAGAUUACAAAGAGGUUUAUUGUGGAACUCAUAUAAAUGGUGAAAUUUAUCAAAGAAGCAUGAAAAGCUUUUUAAUGAAAGAAUUUAAUACAGAUGUUGAAAUUUUAUUAAUAAGGUAUGGUCUUACUGGAGGUAGAUUCAUGCAAAAUAAUUCAGUUUUAGCUUAUGCAAAACAUAUAAUUGAAGCUAGCAGUAGAGUUGUUAACAAAUUAAACCCUUUUAUUGCCAUACAUUGGAGAAUGGAAACAGCAAAUGAAAAAUUAGUUCCAAAGUGUUCAUCACAACUUGUUAGAUUUAUUCAAGACUUAAAAAACCAAACAAAAAUAAAAAAUGUUUAUUUGGCUACUGACUAUCCAUUAAAUAAUAUUAACAACAAUACUAAUUCUAGAAUAACACAAUCUGAUAGUUGGCAUAGAAUCACAAAGAACCAUCAUUUGGCAAUAAGUUAUUUAAAUUCUUUACUUUCAAUAAAGUCAUGGGUAUCAAUGAAAGCACUUGAUUAUUUAUCUGAUGACAAAAGGUUAGAUCAAAAAGCAGUACAACAUGAAUUAAAAGGAGCAGGAGUACAAGGAAUUAUAGAUAAAUUGAUAUUAAUGAACGCAGAUUAUUUUGUUAGUGGUCCAAGUGAAUGUGCCAGAACAACUAGCAUCUACACAAAAAAAAUUAAAAACGAACGCAAGAAAAUACUUCUUGAUCGAAAAACUAAUUUGAAAAAUAUUGCAUAUAUAUGGAACUCAACAAUACCUGAAUUUUUGCCAAAUUCUUAA